AUGAACGACGAUAGCACAAUAAAGCAGGAGGAGAAUAGUAGUAUACAAGAACCACCGAAGAAAAGGAAAAGGAAGUCAGGUUGGAGUGUUAAAGAUGAUUCGCAAGCUUCAAGCACUCCAGCCGCCGGAUUUUCCGGGCCUGUUGUGAGCGCAGCUCCGGCGGGCGGAGUUGUUCCAGCUAUGACUUCGAUGGUGACUCCAUUACCGGUGAACCCAAUGGAUGCGGCGUUGUCUAGUAGCAAGCUUCAUAUGUUAACCCAGCAAUUAGGUUUACCGGACGAAAUUGUGAGACAGACGCGUGAAUUGGAUGUGACGAAUUUGCCUCCGAACAUAGAUGCUGCUUCUUUAUCAGACUUCUUAUCUGCUGCAUUGAUAGCAUUGAAGGGUAAUGUGAUAGCAGGUAGUCCGGUGCUUCGAAGUCAUUUUUCGUUGGAUGGCUCUUACGCGACAAUUGAGUUGCGAACAAUGGAAGAGGCUAACAACUGCAUGAUGCUGAAUGGUGUUUCUUGCUUUGGUUCUCGCCUGCAGAUAAGUCGGACAAAAGCAUAUCCAGAUGUCUUGACCAGUUUGGAGAUAGCAAGGAGGAUCACGAUGCCUAGCACGUCCCAGGUAGUUAGGGGGAUGCUGACUGGCGUGCCACUUAAUGUAUCUGCGCCUUGUGAGGUACUCGGGCCUGCGUUUAAUGAGACUACAAGUCGUAUGGGUCCUAUAGUAGCCAGCUACCCCAACACAGUAGUAAAGACCCAGCCCAACGUAUUGGUCCUUAGAAACCUACCCACUCCAGAUAUACUCCCAGAGACAAGGUUGCUAGAAUUAUUGACUACCUUGGGCUCUCUAAAGUUUGCUGUACACUUCGGAAUGCCUUCCCUUAUCGCAAUGAGGAGAGUACUCUCUCUGUAUAUAACUAGAAAGAAUCAAGCAGACCAUGGGAAGAAACGGCGAAAGUUCAAGCAUGACGCCAAUAGUAUAAAGAAGGAGGAGAGCCAGAAUGAAAGCAAUACUCGGAGCAUGAAUGUAGCUCAAGCCAGUCAGGAGAAUAGCAAAGGGGAGGACAGUAGUCAGGAGAAUACCAUCACGGGCGGCAAGGCGGGCCAAGAGCUUCCACAGCCAGAAUCGGACCGCCUUAUGGAAUCAUUAACAAACCGGGCCACGGAAUCGUUGGCAGACCGGGCUAUGGAAGAGAUUAUGGGUCUUCCCUCAGAAGAGGGUAUCUGUGUGUUCGAAUACCAUUCUCCUGUUGACCGGAUGGCUUUGGAAGACUUAGUCCGGAACCAUCAACUUACCUUGGCGGGUCGAGAUCCGUGUUUGAUUCGAAAUGGUGACAAGGCGUUGGCUUCCGACGAGUUGCUGAUGCUAUUGUUACAUCACGUGAUAAGAAACAGUGUUAAAAAACAUGUACCUAUGCAGCCCGAUUCACUGAUAGUGCCUACCAGAGUGUUGUAUUUCGUAGCUAUUGCCACCCCGGACGAGGUGGGGACAACGGAUGAGUUGUACCGAGAUGUAUACGAAGAUAUCAGGAUCCAGUGCAAGCUGACCGGAAAGGUCAUCGACCAGUUGCUUGUACGACCUGGUGGCCUUUCCACAGACGUUUCCGCCAUGCCGCAAUCCAACAUAACAUCUAGCACUUUGGUCUCAGGCGCCGUAGCUACCGGGGCUAAUUCCACUGCCAUUGGGAAACCGCCAGCUCUCACAGACAAAGCUCUUACAGGCAAAGCCGCAACCGACAAAGCGGCGACUGGGGAAGAGAUGCUGGAAGGCUGGUGCUUUGUAGAGUUCGCCACAGUCGAAGAUGCCUGUCGGACGCGGAAGGAGCUUCAUGGUCGCCUCUUCGGUUCAAGGCCGGCCGAGGUACACUUCCUCGAUGAACGGGUAUGGUUGGAGAGACGGCUGACUUUGGAAAACCUGCAACCUAACCGCUGCAAGCAAGGCAGCACUACCUACAAUCCGGCUCUUGGUGCGCACAUCCCGCAGAAGCUUAAGGAGGUCGACGAAUACGAACGUCGGGAAAAAGAUGAAAAUCGAGCAGCCGCAACUGCGGCCGCCAACGCUCUCUUCAACCCCUCCCUACCCCCGCCACCGCUCCCUCCCACAGCCGAAGCCAAGAUCGACUUCGAUGCCGAUGUAAACAAGGAAGAGGAAGAUAUGGAGGAGUAA